CGAAAAGCUGCGAAACCAACGACGCUGUUAACGGCUGAUACAGGCUGGGGGAGCAACUGAACGGCAAGUCGUACGUUUUCAGGUUCGCGUAGUUCGCUACUCAUAAAGAUCCACUGUGAGUGAGGAAAAUUUGUUUUUUACGGUAGCACAGCCAGGCGGAAAAAUAUGCGCAUAGGUGGAACACUUUCCGGACAGAUGGUGACGCGAUGCUACGAUAACGUAGGCUAAUUUUUCACACGCUGAAACUCGCUUUCGAAACGUUUGAAAUCGGUGGGUGGGUGGGUGGUGGAAAGUCGAUUCGAUGGGCCGUGACGACUCGUCGACGAAUGACGAUGGCUCGGGACGAGGACAGGAGGCGCGAAGGGUCGCGCGUAACGGAUAAUGGAUUUCGGCGGCGCGUGCGACGGUUCGGCGCGUGCGUUCUCCAAGAGCGUUUCACCCCCCGGUCCGUGCACUCGACGCGCUUACACCCUAUAUAUUUCGAGGAAACACGAGAUGAACCGGUACACGGCACGCGAUUUUUGCAGCAGAAACACUCGCGGACUCGCAUUGCAACUUCAACUACCAUCGACAGUACCACGUUCGCACCUCCGAUAGAAGCCGCCGCGGUGCCAAAUCGACAAUGACGCGCCAUUGUUUUUUCGUUCUCUCGAUCCUGGCUCUCUCGAUCGCUGGUUGCGUAUUGGCCGUCCAGGCUGAAACGAGCUCCCAGCGAAGAGAGUUUUACGGGCCGAGCAAACCGGAAUUCCUCGUCGAAUAUCUGGAAGGUCACGGUUCGCCGCAGGAGAAUGCGGCGCAAGACGAACGAUAUCAGUCGGCUCGACCGAGCAACGUCGAACGCCGGUUGUUUGGCAGAGGAUCGAUUGUUCCAGGAAAAGGUCGCUGGUACGUGCACGAAGGAAAUGCCGAAGACGAUCGAUUCUCGCGAAACCUGGAUCAGAUCGGUGGCGGCAACUUGUUGCGCAGGGGACUGAUGGUCGAGCGAGAGGACUCGUACGACAGCUCCCGUCGCUGGUUGCCAUCGCGGAGAAAUCUCGAUCAAAUAGGAGGCGGAAAUUUGCUUCGAGAGGCGGACUAUCGGAGCGAACGCAACUUGGACAGCAUCGGUGGAGGGAAUCUCGUUCGCGGGCUGGGCGGUGCGGCCGAUCAUCUUCGUAGGAAUUUGGAUCAGAUCGGUGGAGGAAAUUUGGUGCGCAAUUUGCCCGACGACGCGUCUCGAGAGCCGGCCGAGACCCGGUAGAGACGACCCGAUUAACACGCCGUCACGUAGGGACGCGUGGACGAAGCACCACGGUAGCGCGGACGCCGCAUAGACGCGAUAAAUUUCGUUCUUUGUUCGCCCGUGUUUCCGCGGUCGAUUCUGUGUAGCGUGUAGUAUUAGAGCAACCAUAGUAAUAAAGACUAACGCACGAUUAUCGCA